AGCGUUCACACACCAAAGUCAAGGGCCGCUCGAAUACCGCUCGUAUGGGUCGGCAGAGGAUUUAACUGAAACUAAAUAUGGUAUUUUGACGGUUUACGUCCACCUAAGCAAGCCUACCGUUACAAAGAUGGACUGGUAAACGUUCGUAGUUUGUGGUGGAGAUUAAACAGCUACGCUGUGAACGCGUUUUCCUGGAUAUUUUAGCAUUUUUCUUUGGACGUCUGUUUGUUGCUCUACAGCUUUUAACAAGCUAGCGUUAGCCUCGAGUCUGCUAAGCUGCUUUGGAGCUGGGAUGGUCGUCGCGAGUUUAUGCGGAUGUCUCCGGGACAGUCUAUACUAAACCGAAGGCAACAAAUGGGACCAUCCAGCAUUGGCCUGAAACAUCGCGGCGUAGACUAAAUAUUUUAAUUUUCUAUAACUUUGUGAAUUUUGGGAAAUUUAGACAGAGGAUUCUGUGGACUCUGCAGCAGCAGGCGAUUUUUCUAGUUGGAUUUUAGCCCACUGACAUUCUACCACAGCCAUGGAAUCGACGGUUGAUGACGAUGCAAUGGCAGCGUGAAUGAAGCUUGGAGUGGGGAGAGCUGAAUGAUGCCCAAAGGUGGGGGUUCUAAAACCCCCCAGCUGGACCACUUCCCACUCAACACCGACAUGGUGGAAAAGCAGGGUGGGAAGAAGGAUAAAGUAUUGUCAAACAAGACUCCCAAAUUGGAUCGCAGUGAUGGGGUCAAAGAAAUGAAAGAAAAGGCCCCUAAAAGGAAGCUUCCCUUCACUGCUGGAGCUAAUGGAGACCAGAAAGAUUCUGACUCGGAGAAACCAGGUCCGGAGCGGAAGCGUAUUAAAAAAGAGCCCACCAACACCCGGAAGGCGGGCUUGCCGUUUGGAAUGGGGAUGCCAGGCAUCCGGGCUGGGUACCCUCUCUCCGAACGGCAGCAGGUGGCCUUGCUCAUGCAAAUGACAGCUGAGGAGUCCGUCAACAGCCCAGACACAACACCAAAGCAUCAGUCACAGUCCAGUCUGGGUCAGAAGGGAACACCAAACUCUGCAUCUAAAACCAAAGAUAAAGUGAAUAAACGCAAUGAGCGAGGAGAGACUCGGCUGCACAGAGCAGCAAUCCGUGGAGAGGUACGCCGCAUCAAAGAGCUCAUCAAUGAGGGAGCUGAUGUGAAUGUAAAAGACUUUGCAGGCUGGACUGCAUUACAUGAAGCAUGCAACAGGGGGUAUUAUGAUGUGGCCAAGCAGCUGCUGGCAGCCGGAGCAGAGGUCAACACCAAGGGUCUGGAUGAUGAUACGCCUCUGCAUGAUGCAUCUAACAAUGGACAUUUUAAGGUGGUAAAACUACUUUUGCGGUAUGGUGGGGACCCACGUCAAAGCAACAGGAGAGGUGAAACCCCACUGAAGGUCGCCAAUUCUCCAACUAUGCUGAAUUUAUUGCUGGGGAAAGGCACUUACACUUCCAGUGAUGAAAGUUCAUCAGAAUCUUCAGAGGAGGAGGAGGAUGCCCCAUCAUUUGCCCCUUCCAGCUCUGUUGAUGGCAAUAACACAGACUCAGAGUUUGAAAAGGGCCUGAAGUUAAAGGGGAAAACCAUAGACCCUCCAAAAUCUGCUGUCACACCAGUCAAAGAUGAAUACGAAUUUGACGAGGAUGAUGAAGAGGAACGUGUCCCACCUGUGGACGAUAAACACCUCUUGAAAAAAGACUUCCGUAAAGACUCAGUCAGCAAGGCCAAUAGUUUUAUCUCCAUACCCAAGAUGGAGGUCAAAACUUAUUCCAAAAGCAACUCGCUUACACCAAAGAAAACCAUCAGGCGGAUCAUCUCCGACAGUAACAGUUCAGACGAGGAUGAUAGGACUUUGUGUUUCACCCCAGCACCUACACCACGACAACAAGCCCAGCAAACAAAUAGCAAGACAAGAGACUCUGUCAGCAUGAGCUCCAAACAACAGAAAGACAAAAAUAAAGUUAAAAAGAAGCGGAAGAAGGAGAGUAAAAAUAAUGUCAGUAAAGAAGUGAGGUUUGGUAAAGUCAAUGACAAAUUCUGUACGUCUGAUUCUGACUGUGGCGAUAUGGAAAGUGAAGACGAUAAGGGCUCAAAUAGUAUAAAAGACUCGUCUGCAACAAGCCUGAAAGAAUCCCCCGGCUUUAAUGCAUCCUCCUCCUCCCAUGGAAACUUGAACUCUCAGAAACAAGCACCAUCAUUAGCAGAACAACAUCCAAAACAGUGGAGGACAGAUGGUUGGAAGACUGUGUCGUCUCCGACAUGGUCAGAUGUCAGUUCUCUCUCGGAUUCAGUCAGAACGAGACUGUCCAGUGAGUCUGACUAUUCGUCUGCUGAUUCCAGUGUGGAGUCUAUAAAACAAGUUAAAAGGAAAGCGCAAGAGAAUAAAAAGAAGAAUAACGAUGUGCACGGCAGCACAACUGACAAGAAAAAUUCAGAUCUCUACAAAAAUUCCAAUACAGACGGCGCCGUAUCCAAAACUGAUGUAGAUGGCAAAGUGCUGAAAAAGCAUAAAGUGAAGCACAAGCACAAAAAUAAGGAAAAGGACAAGGCUCCUAGUCUAGUACUUAAUCAAGACAUGAAUGAAAAAUUUGUCAAGAGCUAUUCAUUUGAUUUUGAUGAUUCAAGGCAGAAGUCCUUAAUUGUUGAGUCCGAAUCACCUGCUGAGAGCAAGGUGAAGUUGUCCAAACAUGAAAAAGACCAUUCAAAAAAGGAGGACAGGCUUUCAAAAGGCAAGGCUGAGGAUAAGGACUGGUCAUCUGGAAAAGACCUGCACAGAACGAAAGAAGAGAAAUAUAGGAAAAUGAAAGACUCCACAAAGGACAAGACGAAUAAGGAGGAGAGGGAAAAGCCAGUAAAAUCUGACAAGGACAGAAAUCUCAAAGAGAAAGAGAAGCCCAAGGAAGAUAAACAAAAGGCUCACAAAGAGGAGAAAAAGAAAAAGUCUAAGGAGAAGUCCUCGUCAAAGGCAGACAGAAAGAGUGAGCAAAAAGAAGAGAAACAUCUAAAGGUGGACAAGGAGAAAAACACCAAGGAGGACAAAGAGAAAUGCAAAAAAGACAAAGCACAGAAGGAAGACUCUGAAUAUGACGCCUAUGAUGUUAACAACCGUUUCCUCAACCUGGAGGACACAAAGCUCAGUGUCUCAGAUGACCAUCAUGACAGAUGGGGCUCAGAGAUGUCCUCUGAUUCUUCCUUGUAUGGCGAUGAUAGUUGGGAUGCGCCCGUCAAAGACUACAAGGAAUACAAAGCCAACAAUGCAGUUAAAUUAAUAGUUGAAACUGUAAAGGAAGAGACAAGAAGGAAAGAAAAUAAAGUCAAAGACAAAAAAUCUGAUCACAAUGAGAAAAGAUCAGAUAAGGAAGCCUCUAAAAAGAAGGACAAAGAUUCUUCAGAAAAGACAAAUGAGAAGAAAAAGGACUGGUCAGAGAAACAGAAAUUAAAUUCAAGUCACUCAGUUGAAAAAGAAAAGAAGCGUAAAGAAUCCACAGACUUGGUGAAAGACAAAAAAGACAAGGAUUCACUGGACAGCAGUCGAGACCGUAAAGACUCGUAUGAGUUCAUGAAGGAAAGAAAAGACCUAAAAAUUAAGCAGGAAUCCAUAAGAGAUGAAUAUGGCAAUGAUUCUUUUUUCAAAGACAGUGAUGCUGGUAAACUGUGUGAUAUCAGAGAAAGAAACCACUCAGGAAAAGAGAAAGAUAAGAAGGGUGAAGGAACAGAAAAGCGAGAAAAGACAAAAACUGACAAGCACAAAGAGAAGACAAAAGACAGAGGAGCUGAUCAGGAAAAAGACAAGAGCGAGAAAUGCUCUACAGAAAAAACAAAAGAAAAAGAUGUAGACCGGGGCACCAAAGACAAGAAGGAGGGAGCCAAAGACAAACAUAAAGAAACUCAUGGCAAAGACAAAGAUCGAAAGGCAUCUUCAGAACAGACCAAGGAGAAGAAAGAUAAGACCUCUCAAGACAAACAUGCUGAUAGAGAGAAGGAUUUCUUGGAAAUAAAGAAAGAGGAAAGGAAACCGGAGAAAAAGUGGUACAAGAUCGCUGACAUUUUCACUGACGAAAGCGAUGACGAUGAGGACAGCUACAGCGGCAGUGUACUUGUGUCUGACCCUAUCAGAAAAGACUCGACGCCGGACCUCGAUGAGCUGGAUCACUUCCCUUCAGAAAAAGUCAGAAAAACAUCAGUAGAAGCUAAACAUAACACAGAAAAGGCAAAAGACAAAGAACACAAAGAAAAGAAGAAAGAAAAGUCCACAUUUGACACAGGCAAAGACAGAAAAGGCUCCCUGGAGAAACACAACAAAGACAAGAAAGAUUCUGUGGACGUCAAACACAAGGACAGAAAAGACCGAAUGUCAUUAGACUCAAAUCAAGACAAGAAAAAUAAGCAGAAGCUGCUGGACAAGCGGGACACCAGUGAGGAAAAGACAAAAAGCAAAUACAAAGACAAGCUUGACCAUUCGAAAGAGCGAAAGCCCUCCAAAGGCAGUGGUGAGAAUGAAAAGUCCCUAUUGGAAAAAUUGGAAGAGGAAGCUAUGAACGACUAUAAGGAUGAUUCCAAUGACAAGAACAGUGAAAUCUCCUCGGAUAGUUUCACUGAUAGAGGUCACGAUCCUGUCCACACUAGUUACUAUGACUCAAUCAGCUUGACAGACGUGUCUGAGGAUAGAAGAGAUUCUCUGUCCAUAUCUACACCCCAGGACAAGUUCAGAGAAAAAGAAAGACAUCGUCAUUCCUCGUCAUCCUCAUCCAAGAAAAGCCACGACAAGGAGAAGGAAAAGGUCAAAAAGGACAAAGCAGACAAACGUGACAAAACCGAGGAGAUCAGGGAGUCCUACAGUCGUAGAGAGAGCCUUCCUUUUGAAAAAGAGCCCAUGCCUCUAGAGGCAGACCCUUACACAUUCCCAUACGGAGGUAAGGGAGAUGGCGAAGAUGACUUUGAGAAAACAUUGGAAUUUGAAAAAGAGAUGUCCAAGAAAGACAAAGACAAAACAUCUGGCAUCAUCAGUGACAGGAUGAAGGACAAAAAGAAAAAGGAGAAACAUAAGGAAAAACUGAAGGAGGAGAAGAAUAAGUAUAUUGAUGGUUUCGGAUCAUUUAAACACUCCAAGGAGGAUGUAAAGUCAGGGUUGAAAGAUAGCCCACAGGUGACUAUUCUGAAAGACAGGUCAAAAGACGAAAGCCCAAAAUAUGACCUGAAAAAAGACAGAAAUCGGGAUACAUUAGACAAAGACAGCAGAAUGGAUCACAGUAAAUCUAAGUCAAAGGAUGAAAACGAGAAACUCACUCAGUCCAAAGACUCGGUGCGGAAAGAAAACCGCCCACGUGAAAAACUGCUAGUGGAUGGUGAUUAUCAGAUGACAAGCUUUGGCCAGAUGUUGAGUCUAAAAGAUCAGGAGAUCGAAGAGCGUCACAAGCGACACAAGGAGAGAAUGAAACAGAUGGAAAAGUUACGACCCAAGUCAGGGGACCCCAAACUAAAGGACAAGACAAAGUCCACAGAGGAAGUCCGGAAGAAUCGCAAUGAGCUGUCAUCGAAGAAAUCCAGCAGCUUGGAGACUGGUCUUAAAGAGAAGAAGCUGAAGGAUGUGGGUCUUCCUGCACAAAUGAUGUCCCCUGGAAGGAAGUUCCAGCUUUCAGACAGUCAGAACUCCAAAGACUGGCUGACUGGACACCAAAUGAAAGAGAACCUCCCCGCUUCUCCCAGGCCAGAUCAGAACAGGCCAACUGGUGUGCCUACACCAACAUCUGUGAUGUCCUGCCCCAGCUUUGAGGAAGUAAUGCAGACACCACGAACACCAUCCUGUAGUGCAGAGGAUUACCCUGAUAUUAUGUUGGACGGGUUAGACUGCCAGAACUCCUCAGCUAUGACCAUGUCAAUGAAUGCCUGCUCCCCAUCCUUCUUUGAAAGCAGGUAUUCUAACUCCCAGAGUUUCCCGGAGGGUACCUGCCCUACCCCUGCAAAAAAUCUCCAGCUCCCUCUUGUCAGCCGUUCUGCAUCCUCCGAGGUCCGGAGGCCUUUAGAAGACGAGUUCAAGGCUGAGGCUGAUAAGUUCCUGCGACAACAAAGUGAUCCAGCAGCUGUCUUUGAUCCAACGUCCUCUCAGACUUUAGAGGACAAAUCAUCAGCUGCCGAUAGGGUGGAGUGCCUAUCUUCUCCUUAUUUUUCUCCAAUGAUUUUGUCUCCUCGUCGUGAGUUGGUUCACCCAGCACCAGAUAUGGCAACACAAGCUCUUGGUGGCACGGAGACCAAUGAACGCCUCACUGAAAGCGUAUACAGUUUUUUGCCCAAACCGUCUACACCAGUUCACAGACCUGACCCCCAGGAGCCCUGCUUUGAAAUUGCUGCGCCACCAACCCCAGCUCCUGCUGCUUUGCCACCUCUGGACAUUGAUGACAUCUCUGAGCCUCACCACAGUGAGCCUAACCUGGUACUCUCAGAUCUUCCCUCUGUCAAAAAGGAACAUGAGCAAGAAGAGGAUGACGAAGAGGAGGAGGAGGACGACGACGAUGAGGAGGAAGGUGAAAUGGAUGAGAGAAACGACAGAGACCAUUGUGCAACAGAGGAACCAGAACAAACCAGAGAUCCAUGUUCUUUCUCUCCUCGAGUUGAAGAGCCACUGAGAAAGAGCUGGCCUGCAGAGUCUCCAGACCCCCAUGAUCCAGAGAUUCACCACCUGUCUCCGACACACUCUGCCCCCAACCACGGCGAGAACUGUUUUGAUCACAACAUGGGUUGGAACCCUGAUAUGGACCUUAAAUCUCCCCACAGAACAUAUGGGGAGAUAGAGACUGCUGUUUCCAAAAUAACCAGCCCAUACUCUCAUUCGGACAGCGACAUGCAACAUUUGUCAGGACACCCAUCCAUCACGCCUCCUUACGCUACAUGGAAUAGGUGGCCCAAAGAAGAUCCAGAAGAUUUGGCUGAGCAAAAAGAGGCUGUCGAUGAUAUCCCCUCUCCAGAGCAGCCUGAAACUGCUUUGGACAGUGAAUCCAACUAUUUAAACACGUCAUCUUCAUCUAAUAGGCUGGAGUCUUUCUUCCAGGACUGCAAUAAGCCUAGCAUAGAAGAUGGUCACCAAAUGGACAGUGAGUCUUCAUGUGUAGACCCAGACAGUAGACAGAGGACACACAGCUUCAGUGGCGCCACAGACGGACACAUGGUUCCAGCUGUUGGAUCUGACCCUGUGGUGCCCUGGGCUGACCCGUUCUCAACUGAUGCAGAUGACUUGGGAAUUUUCUCUUUGCCUGACUUGCCACUACCAGACAAGUCUGAAGAAGUAGAGCCUCGAGAUCCAGAAUUAGACAACCACAGCAAAACUGUGCCCACCCAUAACAGACAUACCAUUUCAGAUCCAGAUGUGCAGGACAUAAUGGAAGUGGAUCUACCAAGUUUGGCCAAAACGUCUGCUGGAGAUGUAGGUCUCUGUGAACCUAGUGGACAGGACUUUGUUGUACCAUCACCACGUGCCAGCUUCCAGCAAGAGCUGGAUCCUGAACCUCAAAGUGUCCCAGUGAACAGCUCCCUGUCUCUCUCACAACAACAGAGUAGCAUUUUGGAUGGAAAAAGAACUUAUGGAGUACCUGAAGAGUCUGAUCCUAAUAUGCUUUAUUUAUCUGUGAAAUCGGACAUCAGUCAUCAACAUCACAUAACAAUGCACUCACUCACUGAAUCGUUGCAGUUACCACUGGAUUCGAUGUCGGUUGUCAAGCCAGAGGUAAAACAGGAAGAGUUGUCUGAGCCUGUAGUAGAAUCUGUGACGCGCAGUCCUCUCCCUCAGUGUCCUCAGGUUACCUUCUCCAACACGGUGGAACCACCAGACACUCAGGAGACCUCAUCCAAGCUAACGCCAGUAAACCUGACCACUGUGUCCACAACUGUAGAAAUCCCCAAGAAAGUAGAAGAAAUCCCUCAGAGGGUGACCCGCAAUCGCAUCAAGAAUAAUCUCUCUGCUGCUGCUACCCCUCCUACCUCCAGCAUAAUAACCUCAACUGCUGCUGCCACCUCUGUAACAGCCAGUCUAGCAGUGACCAUUAACCCAAUUCCUUCUCGAACCCCGACACCCACCUCGGCAUAUUCCUUGGCAAAUUUGAAGAAAGACAAAGAAUCUGGGCUCCCUGUCUCUUCUACCACAUCUAAUUUAACUCCAGCUGUUACUGUAUCUUCUGUGACCUCGGUUCUUGGUAAAACGACAAAAGGUCGCUCUCUCCAAAUGGAUGACGAGGAGUCUCAAACCCAGCACCCACGUAAGAGGAAAUUUCCCCGUUCUGCUGGCCAGCAGGUUCAGGUCCAGCUGGUAAACACAGCCAUGCAGCAGACUAGGGAAAUGAUUCAGCAAACUUUGGCUGUGGUUGUCAACGCCAUCAAGCUGGAUGAUAUUGAGCCCUAUCACAGUGACCGUUCAAACCCUUACUUUGAAUACCUGCAGAUCAGAAAGAAGAUUGAAGAGAAAAGGAAGAUUCUGUGCUAUAUCACCCCACAGGCCCCACAGUGUUACGCUGAAUAUGUGACCUACACCGGCUCAUACUUGUUGGAUGGCAAGCCCCUCAGCAAGCUUCACAUCCCUGUGAUUGCCCCACCUCCAUCGCUGUCGGAGCCUCUGAAAGAGCUUUUCAGACAACAGGAGGCAGUAAGAGGCAAGCUCAGAUUGCAGCACAGUAUAGAGCGGGAGAAGCUGAUCGUUUCAUGUGAACAGGAGGUUUUGAGGGUCCAUUGCAGAGCAGCCAGGACAAUAGCCAAUCAGGCUGUUCCAUUCAGCGCCUGCACCAUGCUGUUGGAUUCUGAAGUAUACAACAUGCCAUCAGAGAGCCAGGUAGGAAAGGGUGAUGAGAACAAGUCCGUUAGAGAUCGUUUCAACGCUCGCCAGUUUAUUUCUUGGAUCCAGGAUGUGGAUGAUAAAUAUGACCGCAUGAAGACAUGUGUGUUGAUGCGGCAGCAGCACGAGGCAGCAGCCCUCAACGCAGUGCAAAGGAUGGAGUGGCAACUGAAGGUCCAGGAGCUGGACCCGGCAGGGCACAAGUCCCUCUGUGUCAACGAAGUGCCGUCCUUCUACGUGCCAAUGGUCGACGUCAACGACGACUUUGUCCUGCUACCUGCGUGACGAACCUGUGCUCACAUACAGAGAGCAAACUUGGUCGGAAUCGCUUCUUCUCAAAGAGACUUCGUUGAACAGAACGAAUGGAAAGGGCUAGCAAGUUUAAAAGAGGAAAACAUUAUAUUCCAUAGAAAAAGAGUAAAGAUGAAAAACUUGCUCUCAAUUCCCUUCUGUGAAGAAGGAAACGUGUUUUUACUGGGGAAAAACAAAAUACACAACUUGCACUUUCAUCCUCAAAGUUUUUAUGCUUUUGUUUGAACAGAGUGUCAGAAGCAGUUUUUGCUUUGAGGCUCUGACAUCGGGACGCAACUCCUCAGUGCUCGGUUAUGGUGAGACAGGGGACAGAGAUAUAUUUUCUGCAUUUGUUUUUCGUCCCUGCUUAUAUAGACCCACCACCACGGGGAGGAGGUGUAUCAGAAAACUGUGCUCCCGAAAGCGUAGUACCUGUCCUGAGGGAGGACUGAGGAGAAGCCUCCCCUGUAAAUCCAGGGCUCCUGGUGGGCCAAGAGGACUAGACAGAGUGAACCGCUGACCCAGAGUGCAUCACGUGAAACUUCAGUGUGUAUUUACAGCUGGACAUCUCUGAUAGACUGACGAGAGAACCAGCCGCUGAUGGUUUGGGGGCCUACGAGAUACAUACACAGAGAGUGACUGAAUAGGUCCAGCUAAACAGUAGUGCAACAGAGCCUGCAGCAGGUUGGAACACAGCGGAGGAUUACAGAUGUGUGUGCAUGUCAGUGCCCAGUGUGUGGAAGGAAGAGACUGAGCAGAAGAGGACAGGCGUGGAACUCUGAGGACAGUCCGGAGCGUUCCUCAGUCCCCCUGCCUGCUGCAACGCACGCAUCAGACCGCCAAUGACUGCAAAACCGUCACAGGAUGAACAGAAGAAACAAACAUAACGAAUGUUAAGAUUUAAAAAGACUUUUAAGAAAUUGUGGUUUGGCAGGAGAGAGAAAUAUUGUUUUUGUCUAUUUCUUUACUUGGGCAUUUCAUUGUUUCUGAGGAAGUGACUUGAAACACUACAGAGCCAAUAUUAGUUUAAUGGAAAAAAACAAAAGAAAACAGAAAAAAAAGUUGUAUUCCGUAAAUUAUGUACAGUUUUUAUAUUCGUUAACCAAUGUAUUCUUGCUGCCUUCUAGAUAAUUUAUUUUGCCACACAUUGCUGCACAGUUGUAAAUAACCUAUGUACUGUAAUAUCACUCAGUUAAGUGUAAAGAAAAAACGUAAAAGUAAAUAAAAUAAAAAAUUAUCUUUUUAUGUACAGUUCACUUUUGGGCAGCACUUUCCCCCCCUUCAUAUCCAUGGGCCAAAACGUGUACGUGACUCUGUCAGGAUUUUGAGAGAUUCUAGUGCACAGAUGUAUGAUCCCAUCUCAAGAUUCAACCCAGGCCUAGGUAACCUGGACGUGGGUCACCACAACACACGCAUAGCUGACUCAUCUGGAUUAGAGCGACCUCCAACAGGUCAACCACCAUAUAGUCCCUCAGAUGUAGCAGAAUAGUUGUUGAGGAUUUAUUUAAAAAAAUAGACAGAAUAUUAUUCAUUGCUUUACUACACAAAUAUAUCCGAAAAGUUUUCAAACCAAGAAAAUGCCUUUUUCAGUGAAAAAAAUGUACUCAUUGUUGGGCAAAGUAAUAUAGAUAUAUAUGGGUGGGAUGAGCGUUAGAGAUGUCAUUCACAAGCAAAAUCGUCAUGUUUAGUGGUUUCAAUAUAUAUUUUUUUUCUUGAAAAAUCUGGACUGGAAUCUUUUCUAAUCAACUCUUAUAUAAAAGCAACAUCCCAUGGGUCUUUCUGCUAAAUUACUGUUCUGUUGUUCCAGCUUAAGCAGACAAAAAGUUAAAACCGUGUCUAAAGGUUUUGUUCCAUACAAAUCGUGAACAUCUUCCUCUUCCCCUCUUGUCCAACAGUAGAGAGCGGCUUAAUUUACUGGGUGCUGUUCCAAACUUACUCACUGGAUGGCACUGUGGCUUGGUAUGUUAAAAAAACUCUAGAAAUUCAUUUGGCUUUGCAUGAGACCUGUAGCCUUUUACUUAAUUUGGUGUUUUAAAACAAUAGAAAAAGUUUUAAUUCAGCUCAUAGGGAGUUCAGUUCCAGUACAACACUUGUGUCUGUUUCAUAGUAAAAUUGUAGGUUUAAGAACAUUUGAUCAUCAGUCUUUUAAUUUUGAAUCUGUCUGAGUGUUCGGCUGGUGUGGUCAGGGAUUUUAAAUGUUAGGUUAAUUCCUCAUUUUACUCCUUUGUGUGUUCCCAUACUCGUGGUUCUUGUGUUGGGCCCAAGCAGACGGUUCUGGUUACAACUGUUAGAAGUGAGCAGACGUUAAUGGUGGAGGGGAAAGAGGAGCUGAAUAGACAGAUUUUGGUUUUUAACUUAUCAGUCCCAUUGUCAGGUCACUGGUGAGACUGCCUGUCUGUGAGAGCUGCUCGUGUAUCCUGAUGGCAAUAUUAUCCCAAACGUUUAAGUUACUUACACACUGUCGGUCAGCAUAGCUGUGUGUGACAUGUCUGGUCAAGGGCAAUGGUUGCUACUGUUACACUGUGCAGUUUUUUUCACUCAGUUGUUGGCUUUUACAGUUUCUGCAGUGGAGGUUAAGGGUCUUUUGUUCACACGAUCAGUGCGUGCAUUCUCGUUAUUUUAAGCUUGGUGUGUAGUUUGAAUGUGCCGUGUUUAACGUAUGGGUUUUUUCGUUUCUGUAUAAAGCAUAAACAACAGUGGUUUGUCAAUCAUGUCGCUAUCGAGCAGAAUGUAAACCGUUGCUAUGCCCUGACCGACAACACCCUCUCUAUUGUUUACAAGACAUCGAGUGCGUUUCCAUUUCAUGUCCCCCCAUGGUUUAAUCCCUACCAUUUGUUUCUUUCUGUAAUAACUUCAUUUCUUUCACCCACAAAGGCUUGAAAUGGUGAUGGUUGAUGCACGUGACAGCCGAUUCCUCCCCUAGUCUGCGGUGCAGCCGCCGCGCAGAGCAAUAGACUAAACACAUCCACCUGCAUUGAUUUACCCAGCGUGAAUAGAACAACGGUGAUUCUGGAUCACACGGACUUUAAACGCGUGUCAGCCCUCAGAUGCACAGUAGAGCACUUGGCCGUGGUGAUACAGAUGCUAGCCUGACACCACCUCAGUCAGCAACAUAUUACCUCUACUUUCUCACAUUCACUCAAUGUUUAUUUUAGAUUUGUGUUUUUCUUACUGAACAUAAAUAUACAUAAUUGCAAUUUAUUUCGUUCUAUAGAAUCACGAUUUCAAGCCUUUUUUUUUUCUAGUUUUCUUUUGUUUUAUAUUUUAAUUAAACCCAGACUGUAGCUGUUUCUUUGUUCCUUUUUUAGAAUGGAAAAAGACUAAUAAAAAGCAUGGAGAACUACUCUUUAAAUGGUGAGAAAUGACCUAUUUAUUAUCUUUUUGGUUUUUUGUUUUUUUCUGAUACCUGUGGUAUGUUUUGAGUUGAAGUUGGUCUCCACUGUGUAAAUUUUCCUCCUUGUAAUGCGUGAAAGAGACAUAGUGUACAUAGCUUUGUAAAAAAAAAAAAAACCUCCCAGGACGUUUUGCACCCUCCUCUUUGUACUAGUCUGAAAAAUUGGGUAGAAUGUGGGGUUCUAACAGCAACGAGCUGUGCGCCCUCGCUGCAGGUGAUUAUGAUGUAACAAUGUAACAUUUUUUUUUAUUUGUACAAUGUAGUUUAUUUGUGUACAUAUUGUUGGAGCAGCUAAGGGGGUGGGGGGGUUGGGGUAAAUGAGGGGGUUGUUGAUGCUAUCGUCAGUGCUGUAACAGAAAUCCAGUACUUUCACCUCUAGCUGUUGUUGAUUUCCUUCAAAAAAAACUAAAAAGAAAGAAAAAAAAAACAACAAAAACGAGAAUGAGGAUGGAUGGGGGAAAAAGACUAAAACUGAAAAGUAAAAAUUCUAAAUUGUUAUUUUCUACAGUUGCAUGUACAGAGAGCGCGAGAACUGCUGUUGUUCCUCAGAGAUUAUGUUCGUUAAUAAAAUUUUGAAAUAUUA